AUGGAGGACCUGGCGCUGUACAACAACGCCUUCACGGGGCCGCUGCCCGCGUCCUGGGGCUCCUUCAAGGCGCUGAGAGACCUUAGGCUGAGCAACAACCAGCUCCAGGGCAGCAUUCCCCCCUCCUGGGGCGCGGUGCCCAUCACCAACCUGAGGCUCUACGACAACCCCGGCUUGGUGGGCUGCCUGCCGCGGGGCCUCGAGAGGUUCCAAGGCGCUGCAGACUUCUGCCUGGCCACGGGCUUGAA